AUGGAGACGUUUCAGCAACAGCUUGAGCCAGCGAGCCCGAAAAAGCGAAAGCCACACGAACCUAAAAAGUCGCGAGUAGCAGUACAUGUUCCGUCGAGACGAAAAGACUAUAUCCCCGGGAAGGGGCCAGCACUGCAGCGCAUAAGCUUGCUCCCACCACAAGACUCGACAGCUUACAUCCUCGAGAGAAUCAUACUGCCCUCGCCCGGCUUAGCUGCAGACGGAAACCCCUUGCCCAGACGAAUGACAUAUAUCGUGGCCUGGCAUGAUCUCCCUGCGGCGCAACUACUAGUUCCUGCCAUGGACAUAUUGGAAUACGUCUCCCCACGAGAGUUGGAGGAGUGGGAAUUCGCAAACACCGAGGAACAGAUGGAGCAGGAGAUCAACAAGGAACAAGAGCAGACUGGCGAUGCGCCUAAACCAAAAAGACGUGGAAGACCACCUAAACACAGCAAGAUAGAAACUGCUGUUGUUGCGGUGCCGGAUGAUGACGACAAUGCUGUACAGAGAGGUGCUAUGACGAUAGCUACGCCGACGAAGAACAGAUUAAAAGACUUUGAGGGACUAUCGGAUGAAGAUGCGACUCCAGCGGCGCAAUUGCAGUGGGAAACAACUGGCGAGACUGAUGACCAAGGAAUCUAUGAUCGAGGCGAUUCGGAUGGUUUUGGGAGUGCACACGCCGGUGCGCAAGCUGAUAAGUUUCGUGAAGCUGGACCUGCGUACCAUCAAUCGCAAAACCACACCCCUAUUGGACAAUUCGAGUCAUCUUCAUCCGAGGCGAGUUCGUCUCGGCAAAGUACACCGAAAGUAACCGCCAUCAAGUCAGCAACCAAGGGGAAGAGGAAAGCAGAUCGGCCCAAGAAGAAAACAGCAUUGGAUGGCGUAUUCAGCGGCCUACAAGGCGCAGAGUCAGCUUCUGAAUCAGUUUGGUCACCACAAGGGACAGUUACGUACUCGAAUUCAGGCGUUGAGACACCUGAUCCUGAACCAAGAACUACGACGGCAAGGCUUAUCGAGGAGGCUGCUUCAGUGCAGAAGAAGAAAAAGAAAUCCUUGAAAAAUUCAAGAUCUGAAAAGCAACCAAAGCCCGAGUCGAAGACGCCAAUGGUAUCGCAGCCGGAAGAGUCAGAGGAGCCAGAUGAACAAGAAGAGCCAGACUGGGAAGUCAAGCGCAUCGAGGGCAUGGACAUGUACGAGGCCGAAGGAGAAGGUCUCGUGCGCUACUUCAAAGUUCGCUGGGAAGGGGACUGGCCUCCAGAUCAGAACCCUACAUGGGAACCUGAAAGUAACUUGCCAGAUCAGCUUGUUCGCAGAUAUCUCAAGAACCGCAAGAGGAAACGAUCCGAGGCAGAGAAGCCCAAAAGACCAACUACCACACAACCCCCUGUGGCGUCCUCAUAUAAAUCCAGGAAAUCCAUGAAGCAGACAACAUUAUCGUGGGGUAUCACGGCGAAACAGUACAGGAGCGUCACCGAGGCCUUUGAAGGACUUGAAGAGGACGAGCUUGCUAUGCCGCAUUACGAUGAAGCGCCUAUUGAGGAGGAAGAGCGUGAUGAAGACGAGCUUUUCAUCGUGGAGGAACCACCGACCAAGAAGAGCCGGGUUAAGACGUGGGUUGGAAACGGAUUAGAUCUCUGA